GCAGUGAUGGUAACAGUAAGUUGUGGUGCUGAGGAGAAUCUCUCGACGUGGAAUUCUUGCCUGAAUCUUCAUGGGGCAGAAUAUUCUCAACAUGAUCUUAAUCUGUCUCUUCCUUAUCGCGUCCCAUCUCGUCAUCCAAGGGCCGUCCUUUAUGAUUUACGAACGCUUCCCUGAGCAUCGUCUCGGUCUGACACGAUCAGGUGCAAAUGACACACUUCCAUCUGCAAAACAUCUCAAUCAGUAUCCAAUCGAGCGUCAUCGGUCGCUCCAGGGGCAGCCCAUUCAUCAUCCAAACAUCCACGUGUAUCCAUUUAUCAAAGCACUGCCAAAGAAGCGCACAUCUGUGGACGUGAGCAAGAACAUCUCGAUGCUGCUGGAGAAUCUGCUCAAGAGCUAUUCCAACUCGCAGCUGCCGACGCACGGCCAGGGCGUGCCCACUGUGGUCAAGACGAACAUCCUCAUCCGCAGCAUGGGACCCGUGUCCGAGCUGGACAUGGACUACUCCAUGGAUUGCUACUUCCGCCAGUACUGGCGCGACUCGCGCCUCAGCUUCCAGGGCCCCAUCAAGAGCCUCUCCCUCAGCAUUUCCAUGCUGUCGCGCAUCUGGAAGCCCGACACGUACUUCUACAACGGCAAACAAUCCCACGUGCACACCAUCACAGUGCCCAACAAACUCCUGCGCCUCAGCCAAGAGGGUGACAUUCUUUAUUCCAUGCGACUCACAAUCAAGGCCUCCUGUCCGAUGGAAUUGAAGAACUUCCCCGUCGACCGUCAGUCAUGCCCACUCAUUCUCGGCUCCUACGCUUACACAUCUCGCCAGCUGGUCUACGAGUGGCUCACCAGCGACUCCGUGGACUUCAAUCCCGGCAUGACGCUCAGCCAGUUCGAUCUCAUCGACUUCCCGCAGAGCAACUUCACCUUCAUCCGACGCGAGGGCGAGUUCUCAGUGUUGCAGGUGUCCUUCAAUAUGCAGCGCCACGCUGGCUACUUCCUCAUUCAAGUCUACAUUCCCUGCAUCCUCAUCGUCGUGCUGUCCUGGGUGGGAUUCUGGAUCCACCGAGAGGCCACCAGUGAUCGCGUAGGACUGGGAAUCACAACAGUGCUCACACUGUCAACCAUCAGCCUGGAUUCCCGCAAAGAUCUGCCGAAAGUCAGAUAUGCCACUGCUUUGGAUUGGUUUCUCCUCAUGAGCUUCUUCUACUGCAUCGCCACUCUUUUGGAGUUCGCGGGCGUGCACUAUUUCACCAAAGUGGGCAGCGGAGAGAUUCCACUGGACGAGGACGAGUGGGAAGACAUUGGAGAGCCAGUGGAGAAGAUCGGCGGGAGACUCUCCAUCCAACUAGACUCGCCACAGCGACUCCAGGCUGCGCGGCGCAGAUCUUCUCUCAUCUGCCCGAUUUACAACGACGCGACGCUCUUCAAGCCGGCAUGCUCCAAAGUCUCCACAAUGGAGCGCACGACGCAAACGGAUCAGCCCAAAGCGCCCAGAUGGAAGCAACUGUGGCUCUGCAUCUUGGGCGAUGACAAGUUCAGGCGCAUGAGACAGCGAGAAGCCACCCGGAAGGACAAUUCCACCAGGCAUGUCAACAGCGUCUCUCUGAUUGACCGCGUGGCCAGAGUUCUCUUCCCGCUGUCUUUCGGCGUGUUCAACCUGAUGUACUGGCUAGUCUACGUGACCUAUCAAGAGGAUGACUUCCCCUGGACUACAGUUAAUUGAAUCUCUAGGCAUUUAAUCAGUCAAAACACGAGUUAUUAUUAAGGGCCUUUCGGCGCAACAUCGUUACAUAAAUUAGGCAGGAAAUAGAGGUGAUGA